AUGAAUUCUUAUUUAUCACAUGCUGGUCGUGUUGAAGUGCUGUUCAGUGGUACAUGGGGAACAAUUUGUGGCGACUAUUGGGACAUCUCGGACGCUGAUGUAGUUUGUCACCAGCUUGGAUAUGAUGGAGCUUUACGAGCAGUUCGUAACGCAGCAUUUGGACAAGGAACAGGCCAGAUAUGGUUGGAUGACGUGCAAUGUGUGGGAAAUGAGCCAUCAAUAUCACACUGCAGUCACUCAGGAUUGGGAGUUCACAACUGUGGUCACUAUAAGGACGCUGGCGUAGUUUGCCGACCUGCAGUUCGUUUGGUGAGCCCCACCAAUUUACCGUUAUCUGGUCGUGUUGAAGUGUUUUAUAAUGGUACAUGGGGAACCAUUUGUGAUGACUUAUGGGGCUCACAGGACGCUGAAGUAGUCUGUCGUCAGCUUGGAUACGAUGGAGCUUUAUCAGCACCUGGAGCCGCAGCGUUUGGACAAGGAACUGGUCAGAUAUGGCUGGAUAACGUUAGAUGUUUUGGAAAUGAGAAAACCAUAUCACAGUGCAGACACCAAGGAUGGGGAGUUGAGAACUGUGGGCAUAGUAAAGACGCUGGUGUUGUAUGCCGACCCGGAGCUGUUCGUUUGGUGAAUUCUUAUUCAUCACGUGCUGGUCGUGUUGAAGUGCUAUUCAGUGGUACAUGGGGAACAAUUUGUGGCGACUAUUGGGACUUACAGGACGCUGAUGUAGUUUGUCACCAGCUUGGAUACGAUGGAGCUUUACGAGUAGUUCGAAACGCAGCAUUUGGACAAGGAACAGGCCAGAUAUGGUUGGAUGACGUGCAAUGUGUGGGAAAUGAGACAUCAAUAUCACACUGCAAUCACUUAGGAUUGGGAGUUCACAACUGUGGUCACUAUCAGGACGCUGGCGUAGUUUGCCGACCUGCAGUUCGUUUGGUGAGCCCCACCAAUUUACCGUUAUCUGGUCGUGUUGAAGUGUUUUAUAAUGGUACAUGGGGAACCAUUUGUGAUGACUUAUGGGGCUCACAGGACGCUGAAGUAGUCUGUCGUCAGCUUGGAUACGAUGGAGCUUUAUCAGCACCUGGAGCCACAGCGUUUGGACAAGGAACUGGUCAGAUAUGGCUGGAUAACGUUAGAUGUUUUGGAAAUGAGAAAACCAUAUCACAGUGCAGACACCAAGGAUGGGGAGUUGGGAACUGUGGGCAUAGUAAAGACGCUGGUGUGGUAUGCCGACCCAAAGCUGUUCGUUUGGUGAAUUCUUAUUUAUCACAUGCUGGUCGUGUUGAAGUGCUAUACAGUGGUACAUGGGGAACAAUUUGUGGCGACUAUUGGGACUUACAGGACGCUAAUGUGGUUUGUAACCAGCUUGGAUACGACAGAGCUUUACAAGCAUUUCGUAACGCAGCAUUUGGACGAGGAACAGGUCAGAUAUGGCUGGAUGACGUGCAAUGUGUGGGAAAUGAACCAUCAAUAUCACAAUGCAGUCACUUAGGAUUAGGUGUUCACAACUGUGGUCACUAUAAGGACGCUGGCGUAGUUUGCCGACCUGCAGUUCGUUUGGUGAGCCCCACCAAUUCGUUGUCGUCUGGUCGUGUUGAAGUGUUUUAUAAUGGUACAUGGGGAACCAUUUGCGACGACUCGUGGGACUUACAAGAAGCUGAAGUAGUUUGUCGCCAGCUUGGAUACAAUGGAGCUUCGUCAGCACCUGCUGAUGCAGUAUUUGGAGAAGGAACUGGUCCAAUAUGGUUGGAUGACGUUAAUUGUGAAGGAAAUGAGACAUUGAUAACGCAGUGCAGCCAUGGAGGAUGGGGAGUUCAUAACUGUGGUCAUGGUAAAAAUGCCGGCGUAGUGUGCCGCCCCACAGUCCGUUUGGUGAAUCCCGACAAUUCGCUGUUGCUUGGACGUGUUGAAGUCCAGUUUCAUGGAACAUGGGGAACAAUUUGUGAUAAUCACUGGGACCUAAAGGAUGCUGAUGUGGUUUGUCGCCAACUGGGAUACGAUGGAGCCUUGUCAGCCCUUAGAGAUGCAGCAUUUGGACAAGGAACAGGCCCGAUAUGGCUGAAUAGUGUACAGUGUGGAGGAUCUGAGAAAUCAGUCUCACAAUGCGCGCACGCAGGAUGGGGAGGCCAUAGCUGUAGGCAUUACGAUGAUGUUAGUGUGGUGUGCCGCCAGAUUAAAGUUCGUUUGGUGAGCCCCACCAAUUUACCGUCAUCUGGUCGUGUUGAAGUGUUUUAUAAUGGUACAUGGGGAACCAUUUGUGAUUACCGAUGGAACUUAAGGAACGCUGAAGUAGUUUGUCGCCAGCUUGGAUACCAUGGAGCUUCAUCAGCACCUAGAGCUGCAGCGUUUGGACAAGGAACUGGUCAGAUAUGGCUGAAUGACGUCAGAUGUGUUGGAAACGAGAAAUCCAUAGCACAGUGCAGUCACAGAGGAUGGGGAGUUGAGAACUGUGGGCAUAGUGAAGACGCUGGUGUUGUAUGCCGACCCAAAGCUGUUCGUUUGGUGAAUUCUUAUUUAUCCCGUGCCGGUCGUGUUGAAGUGCUGUACAUAAGGACAUGGGGAACAAUUUGUAGCGACUUUUGGGACUUACAGGACGCUAAUGUAGUUUGUAACCAGCUUGGAUACGAUGGAGCUUUACGAGCAGUUCGUAACGCAGCAUUUGGACAAGGAAGAGGCCAGAUAUGGUUGGAUGAUGUGCGAUGUGUGGGAAAUGAGAGAUCGAUAUCACACUGCAGUCACUUAGGAUGGGGAGUUCAUAACUGUUUUCAUUAUAAGGACGCUGGCGUAGUUUGCCGACCUGCAGUUCGUUUGGUGAGCUCCACCAAUUCGUUGUCGUCUGGUCGUGUUGAAGUGUUUUAUAAUGGUACAUGGGGAACCAUUUGCGACGACUUGUGGGACUUACAAGACGCUGAUGUAGUUUGUCGCCAGCUUGGAUACGACGGAGCUUUAUCAGCAUCUGGAGCCGCAGCGUUUGGACAAGGAACUGGUCAGAUAUGGCUGGAUAACGUUGGAUGUUUUGGAAAUGAGAAAUCCAUAUCUCAGUGCGGUCACCAAGGAUGGGGAGUUCAUAACUGUGUGCAUAGUAAAGACGCUGGUGUGGUCUGCCGACCCAAAGCUGUUCGUUUAGUGAAUUCUUAUUCAUCACAUGCUGGUCGUGUUGAAGUGCAGUAUAAUGGUACAUGGGGAACAAUUUGUGGCGACUAUUGGGACUUACAGGACGCUGAUGUAGUCUGUAACCAGCUUGGAUACGAUGGAGCUUUACGAGCAGUUCGUUACGCAGCAUUUGGACGAGGAACAGGCCAGAUAUGGUUAGAUGACGUGCAAUGUGUGGGAAAUGAGAGAUCGAUAUCACACUGCAGUCACUCAGGAUUGGGAGUUCAUAACUGUGGUCACUAUAAGGACGCUGGCGUAGUUUGCCAACCUGCAGUUCGUUUGGUGAGCUCCACCAAUUUGUUAUCGUCUGGUCGUGUUGAAGUGUUUUAUAAUGGUACAUGGGGAACCAUUUGCGACGACUGGUGGGACUUACAAGACGCUGAUGUAGUUUGUCGCCAGCUUGGAUACAAUGGAGCUUCAUCAGCACCUGCUGAUGUAGUAUUUGGACAAGGAACUGGUCCGAUAUGGUUGGAUGACGUUAAUUGUGAAGAAAAUGAGACAUCGAUAACGCAGUGUAACCAUGGAGGAUGGGGAGUUCAUAACUGUGGUCAUGGUAAAAAUGCUGGCGUAGUGUGCCGCCAACUAAAAGUCCGUUUAGUGAGUCCCGACAAUUUACCGUCGUUUGGACGUGUUGAAGUCCAGUUUCAUGGAACAUGGGGAACAAUUUGUGAUAAUUACUGGGACCUAAAGGAUGCUGAUGUUGUUUGUCGCCAACUGGGAUACGAUGGAGCCUUAUCAGCCCCUAGAGAUGCAGCAUUUGGACAAGGAACAGGCCCGGUAUGGCUGAAUAGGGUGCAGUGUGGAGGAUAUGAGAAAUCAGUCUCACAAUGCACGCACGCAGGAUGGGGAGGCCAUCGCUGUGGGCAUCACGAUGAUGUUAGUGUGGUGUGCCGUCAGAUUAAAGUUCGUUUGGUGAGCCCUACCAAUUUACUGUCGUCUGGUCGUGUUGAAGUGUUUUAUAAUGGUACAUGGGGAACCAUUUGUGACGAUUUCUGGGACUUACACGACGCUAAUGUAGUUUGUCGCCAGCUUGGACACAAUGGAGCUUUAACAGCACCUAGAGAGGCAGCGUUUGGACAAGGAACUGGUCAGAUAUGGCUGGAUGACGUUAGAUGUUUUGGAAAUGAGACAUCGAUAUCACAGUGUAGUCACCAAGGAUGGGGAAUUGAGAACUGCGGGCAUAUUGAAGAUGCUGGUGUGGUAUGCCGACCCAAAGUUCGUUUGGUGAGUCCCACCAAUCUACCGUCAUCUGGUCGUGUUGAAGUGUUUUAUAAUGGUACAUGGGGAACCAUUUGUGACGAUUUCUGGGACUUACACGACGCUAAUGUAGUUUGUCGCCAGCUUGGACACAAUGGAGCUUUAACAGCACCUAGAGAGGCAGCGUUUGGACGAGGAACUGGUCAGAUAUGGCUGGAUGACGUUAGAUGUUUUGGAAAUGAGACAUCGAUAUCACAGUGUAGUCACCAAGGAUGGGGAAUUGAGAACUGCGGGCAUAUUGAAGACGCUGGUGUGGUAUGCCGACCCAAAGCUGUUCGUUUAGUGAAUUCUUAUUCAUCACGUGCUGGUCGUGUUGAACUGCAGUAUAAUGGUACAUGGGGAACAAUUUGUAGCGACUAUUGGGACUUACAGGACGCUGAUGUAGUUUGUCACCAGCUUGGAUACGAUGGAGCUUUACGAGCAGUUAGUAACGCAGCAUUUGGAGAAGGAACAGGCCAGAUAUGGUUGGAUGACGUGCAAUGUGUGGGAAAUGAGACAUCAAUAUCACAGUGCAGUCACUUAGGAUUGGGAGCUCACAACUGUCGUCACUAUAAGGACGCUAGCGUAGUUUGCCGACCUGCAGUUCGCUUGGUGAACUCCACCAAUUUGUUGUCGUCUGGUCGUGUUGAAGUGUUUUAUAAUGGUACAUGGGGAACCAUUUGCGACGACUCGUGGGACUUACAAGACGCUGAUGUAGUUUGUCGCCAGCUUGGAUACAAUGAAGCUUCAUCAGCACCUGCUGAUGCAGUAUUUGGACAGGGAACUGGUCCGAUAUGGCUGGAUGACGUUAAUUGUGAAGGAAAUGAGACAUCGAUAACGCAGUGCAGCCAUAGAGGAUGGGGAGUUCAUAACUGUGGUCAUGGUAAAAAUGCAAACGUAGUGUGCCGCCAACUAAAAGUCCGUUUGGUGAGUCCCGACAAUUCGCCGUCGUUUGGACGUGUUGAAGUCCAAUUUCAUGGAACAUGGGGAACAAUUUGUGAUAAUUACUGGGACCUAAAGGAUGCUAAUGUGGUUUGUCGCCAACUUGGAUACGGUGGAGCCUUAUCAGCCCUUAGACAUGCAGCAUUUGGACAAGGAACAGGCCCGAUAUGGCUGAAUUAUGUGCAGUGUGGAGGAUCUGAGAAAUCAGUCUCACAAUGCACGCACGCAGGAUGGGGAGGCCAUCGCUGUGGGCAUCAAAAUGAUGUUAGUGUGGUGUGCCACCAGAUUAAAGUUAAACCAGCAUCAAGUACAGUUGCUACAUCAUCUCAAACAACUCCCACAGUUUCAGAACACUCAGAAGUUUUCCUGACAGCAACGGUACAGGAGAGCUGUGACAGACGUCUAGAAGUUGCUGCAGAAUUCCCAGAUGUGGCUUGUGAAAUUGUCUUGAAGUUUGGCUGCUUAUCCGCUAACACUGUGAACACCAGGUGUGGCAGUGUUGUUCUGGACUUCAUGAUGAGGUUCGAUCAGAGUGUGGUAGUCAGCCAUGUUGUGACUUCUCUGUCGGAUGCUGCAAGGGAAGACAGAUUCGGCGAUUUUAAAGUCGAUCCAGACUCAAUAAAACAAGCUUUGACAUCCACAGAUGGAUUGGGAAUUGCAGCCAAAGGUCACGAAGAAAGCAAGUCCUCAAGUAAAGACGUCAAGUUAACAGCAUUUAUUGGUAUUCUUGCCUUCAUAAUCCUUCUUCUGAUUAUUUACAUAAUCUGGCUACACAGGAGAGGCGCUGAAGAGAAAAAACGUAGGGCUUAUGAAGAAGAGAGAAAUGUUCACGACAAUGUGGUGAUGCUACAAGAUAUCGAACCAAGUCAGCGCAUUUCAAGCACACCCAGGCAGCCUUCUUCAGAGUACGUGGGUCUCAGAGAAGCCAGGAAAGAUAAUAGAAAAGCACAAAGUACAAGUCCAGGUUACGAGCCUCCUCGUCCAGCAAAACGCUCCUGGGAAGUUCCAAGACAUCACGUUACCAUCGAAAAAGUCAUUGGUAAAGGUGCUUUUGGACAGGUUGCCAAGGGAACGGCAGUAGGACUUCAAGGGAGGUCUGAUACGACUACAGUGGCCAUUAAGAUGCUUAAAUCUAACGCUGCUGAAUCGUACAAAAGGGAAUUGAUGAAAGAACUUGAAACGAUGAAGAAGCUUAAAAAACAUCCUCACGUCAUCAAACUUUUGGGAUGUGUUACGGAAUCUGAGGAACUCCUGGUAUUGAUUGAAUAUGUUCCUUUUGGAGAUCUGCUUGGUUACCUGAGAAAGAGCCGUGGAUUGAAUGACACUUACUACAAAGACCCGGAUAUCACACCACGAACAAAUCUGACGUCACAGCAGCUGAUGAAGUUUGCCUGGCAAAUCGCUGAUGGCAUGAGUUACCUGUCAUCAAAAUCUAUCAUCCACCGAGACCUUGCAGCCCGUAACGUGUUGGUUGGAAAAAACGAAAAGUGCAAGGUGACGGACUUUGGAAUGGCCAGAGAUGUUCAACAGGAAAAUAUUUAUGAACGAAAAACAAAGGGCCGUCUUCCAGUGAAGUGGACAGCUUAUGAGGCGUUGUUUUAUGGUACCUAUACCACCAAAAGUGACGUAUGGAGUUAUGGAGUUGUUCUCUACGAGAUUUUUACCAUAGGCGGUUCACCUUACCCAAGAAUGGAUGGAAAAAAAAUUGCCAACCUACUGGAAGAGGGAUACAGAAUGCCUAAACCGCAACACGUGGAUGAUGAAUUGUAUCAGAUCAUGAUGAGAUGCUGGCAAAAUGACCCGGAUGAAAGACCAGCUUUCACUGAAUUAAAAAAUCAGCUUAAAGACAAGGAAACUCUACACAAGAGGUUGAUCGACAUGAGAAUGUACGACAAGAAGUUGUAUGCAAGCGUAGAGGAUUUAAUAGUGUAGUUAGGUACACGUCCUCAGUGUUUGAGUGGCGAACUGUUUGAACAUUUUGCCGUAACAGGUUUUUGGGAAUGAUCAUCCUCGGCUUAAGGGCUUACUUUGUUAGGGAGUGUUACUAAUCGGUUAGGUAACACAAUUGAUUCUAAGUUAAUUCAAGUUUCGUUUUCCUUAACGGUGAAGCUUUAUUACGUAUAAGUUUUCGUAUUCAUUGUCAAAUAUACUAACAUUUUGCUGAUUUGCAUCUUUAGUACAUGCACGUUUGCUUGAUAGAACUGAAACAUUUUGUUCGGUUGAUUAUCUGGCUCAACUCUGAAAAGCAGGACGUCGUGAUGACAUCAGGCCUGGUGCGUUUUAGCAUCAAUCUAUUCUAGGUUUACCUUCAAAUAAAGAAUUUCUUAAGAUCGAUGGGAUCCUGCUCAGAAUGCCUUCGUUGUGUAAAAUUUUAUCAAAUUUCUGAAAACUGCUUUGCCGUGAAAACCGAGGUUCCCUUUUUUUUUUCGGGAAAGCUGUCGAACAUCUUUUUGCCUUAACUUGCACGGCCAAUACUGUUGAUACCAAAUGCAAAGACGUAGGUACUGAAAACUGAGCACAAGUCUCAUUAUGCGUUUUUUUUAAAAUUAAUCUUGUACCGUCUCUUCUGUUUAAAAAGUUUACAAUUAUGCUGAAGAGCGCGAUAGUUUCGUAUUUU